AAAACUUUAAGACUUUUUAUCUUUUUUAUUGUUGAAAUGAAGAUUGUUCAUAUUGUUAUUGUUAAAUUCAAGCCCGAGGUUACUGAAGAAGCCAAAGAACAAACCAUCAAGGACGUGUUGGCUUUGAAAGACAGUAUUCCCGAGAUUAUCAUUGCCAGUGCCGGUAAGAACUUUACCGACAGAGGCAAAGGAUAUGAAUAUGGUUGGGUUGUUGAAGUGGAAAGCAAGGAGAAACUUGGCGUGUAUGCUCAACAUCCCGCUCAUUUGGAUUUCCUCGCUCAAUACAAGUCUACUUUUGAAGACGUGCUUGCCAUUGAUUAUGAAUGUUAAAUUUAUUUAUACAUUAUUAAAGACGUUGAUGAUUAUUA